AUGGGCUGCUGCGGGUCCUCGCUGCGGGCGGGGACGCACCCGGAGAAGAAGCCGCCGGGGAGGGCGGCGGGGGCGCUCCCCCCGCACCGCUCCUCCUACUCGCUGAAUCAGCACCAGGCGCCUGCGCCCUCCGCGGCUCGCGCGGGCGCCGGCGGGCGCCAGGUGCCGCCGCUCAAGGAGUUCUCGCUCGCGGAGCUGCGCGCCGCCACGGGCGGCUUCGCGGCGGAGAACAUCGUGUCCGAGAGCGGCGAAAAAGCGCCGAAUUUCGUGUACAAGGGCCGCCUCGAGGCCAACCGCCGCGCGAUCGCCGUCAAGAAGUUCACCAAGAUGGCGUGGCCCGAUCCCAAGCAGUUCGCGGAGGAGGCCAAGGGGGUCGGGAAGCUGCGCCACUGCCGCCUUGCCAACCUGAUCGGCUACUGCUGCGAUGGGGACGAGCGGCUGCUCGUCGCCGAGUUCAUGCCCAACGACACGCUCGCCAAGCACCUCUUCCACUGGGAAAACCAGACAAUUGAAUGGGCUAUGCGCCUGAGAGUUGCAUACUACAUCGCUGAAGCACUGGAGUAUUGUAGCACUGAGGGAAGGCCUAUGUAUCAUGACCUCAAUGCAUAUAGGGUCCUCUUUGAUGAGAAUGGUGAUCCUCGUCUUUCAUGCUUUGGCCUGAUGAAAAACAGCAGGGACGGGAAAAGUUAUAGCACAAAUCUUGCAUAUACACCUCCAGAAUAUUUGAGAAAUGGAAGAGUAACAUCAGAAAGUGUCAUAUUCAGCUUUGGCACUAUACUGCUGGACCUCCUAAGUGGAAAGCGUAUACCCCCUUCCCGUGUACCAUCCUAUGAGAUGCUUGGCAUUCCAAAGUAUGAAGAAGAAGCACCUCCCCCUCCACAACCACAACACCCUCUUUCUCCCAUGGGUGAAGCCUGUUCUAGGAUGGAUUUGACAGCUAUCCAUCAGAUUCUAGUGAAUACACAUUACAGGGAUGAUGAAGGGAGUAAUGAGCUAUCGUUCCAGGAAUGGACACAGCAGAUGAGGGACAUGUUGGAAGCUAGGAAACGUGGAGACUUUGCUUUUCGUGAUAAAGAUUUCAAGGCAGCCAUAGAUUGCUACACACAGUUUGUUGAUGUGGGGACUAUGGUAUCACCAACAGUGUACGCAAGGCGGAGUUUGAGCCACCUCAUGUGUGACCAACCUGAUGCCGCCCUCCAUGACGCAAUGCAAGCACAAUGUGUGUACCCAGAUUGGCCAACUGCGUUCUACAUGCAAGCUGUUGCGCUCUCAAAGCUGAAUAUGCAGAGCGAUGCUACGGACAUGUUGAACGAGGCGUCGCAGCUUGAAGAGAAGCGGCAGAAGAACACAAAAGCUUGA